AUGAAGUACUCUACUGCUAUUAUUGCCUUCGCCGGCUUUGCCGCCGCUCAGACUUUCGCCGACCUCCCGGUGUGCGCCCGGGACUGCUUGUCCACGGCCAUCACGGCCAAUGGCAAGUGUCAAAUCACUAACACGGCCUGUCUUUGCAACCCCGACAACUUUAAGGCCAUUUUCUCCAACAGUACCGUUUGUGUCCUUCAGAGCUGUGGCUCUGAUAGCGCUGUCAACCAGGUCAUCCCUGCUGCUACAAGUAUCUGUGCGGCCGUUGCAUCUUCAGCCGCCGUUGUCUCCGGUUCAUCUGCUGUCUCCGUCGCUGCCUCUUCUGCCGUGGUUGCUACCUCCACCAGGGCCUCUGCUGUCACAUCUUCGGCUGUGUCGUCUGCGAUCGGAACCAUCCCUAGUCCUAUUACAUCUGCUCCACGCUCUGGCAUCACCCGAACCUCUAUCGUCACCAGCACCAUUACUUCUAUGUAUAACGGCAAUUUCACUAGAUCCCCCACGCAAGUACCCGUCACCGUCAACGGUGCUGCCGUACAGGGUCCUAUAGGCAUCGCAGCUGCCAUUGCACUUGGCGCCCUUGCUUACCUGUAA